AUGAGUCAAUUAGACAUUAAAAAAAAUGGUCUAAACAAGAAAGUGGAAGAAAACACAAAAGCAUCCCUAUCAGCUAUCUCUAAUCCAGGACUGGGAAAAGGUCAAUUCUCAAAUACACGAGCAUAUCAAAUUUAG